GGCACCUGUGUAAACAGUAACCACACGCACGCACAAGCUUCGAACUUUGUUACCGUGAUGGUCAAGUCCAACUAAAAAAAAAAAAAAAAAUUAGUCAAACUUUCACUUGUCUUGGACUCGACACAGGAGGAACAACAUCACAGCAUGGUUGGUGGCUGCUUUCUUCUCUUCAUCAUCCUCCUCUCAGGGUUGAGUCGAGCGUCGCCGCACGACGAGCGCUCGUCGGCGGAGAAGAAGGUGACCGUGACGGAUGAACAGAGAGAAUACCUGCGAUGGCUUUAUCGCAUCGAAGAUCCGACAGUGUGGAAGUUUGUGCUGUUGGGUUUGGCCUUUGUCUGCCUUCUGGUCGGCUUUCUCUUGCUGGGAAUGGGCGCCAUGGCUAGCAGGAACAGGAGGAAGGUCGCCAAGUACAAGGCGGCCGCCGUCGCAGCCCAUAAAGACGAAGACGAGACGUGGCCGGGAGGCCAGGAUGGCGCCCUCGCCUGCGGCACGCCGUCGCCCCAGAGCCCGACGCGGCGGGGGCCUCCGCCCUGCAACGGCGACACCGGCGACGUGAAAGCGGCGAGCAUCGUGGUGACGUGGAAGGACGGAAACACUUCCUGCCUGUACCCUGAGAGCGAGGCCCACGACGAGGCCGAGGUCGGGCCGCCCCUGCCGGACGACGACAAGCACCGAGUCGGGCGGGAAGUUGAAGACGAAGAGGGCGAGGUCAAGAAUGGAGGAGACAGAUGAACGCAAACCACAACAUCGACCUUAACCUCGGACCUUUUACUUUAGUUCCUUUUAAGCAGGUGUGCAUUCACAUUCACCGACAGGAUGAUGAUGACGACGACAAAGAUGAUUAUGUGACCGCAAUCAUGAAAAGUAAAAGAAAAAUCGGCUUGAUGACUCAAUUGAAUAUCAUGUAAAUAAUGCGGUAAAAAAGAUAAAACGGUUGCAGUUUGUU